AUGCGCGGGCUUACAUCUGCCAUCACCGCGCUGCUGCUCACCUCAUCAGCACUAUGCGCGACACAGAACCCACCAAGCAAAGAUGCCAUUCUACUCUCCAAUGUCAACACUCUGACACUACGUGCAAACCGCAUGACAAACUCUCGUCGAGUCUCGCCAAUCCCACAACUUACCUGUGUUGGCCCAUCAAAAAAGAUAUGUGACCUCUACCAGCCAGAGGUAAUGCGAUGUACGAACCAAGGCUAUGACUACGAUGAAGAAGAUGUACAGUGGACAUGUGAAGCAUCACUUCCGUCCGAAUUCAAGCUUGGUGCGACAGAUGUUAUGUGUGAGGGGUAUCGAAAUGCCAACGACAAAUGGGUUCUAAAAGGAAGCUGUGGUGUCGAAUACCGGAUGCUAUUGACGGAGCAUGGUGAAGACCGCUUCGGAAGAUCUGCCAACAAAAUGAUGGCCUCUGAUCAGCCGGUGUGGGAAUGGUGGAUGAGCCUUUUGUUUUUCACCUUCACCUUUGGAGUCUUCGGGGUGAUCAUUUGGCAGUUGUGCUGUGGCCCUGCCUCAACUCGAACGCCCAGGGGUCCACGUCGGACAAGAGGGGGAUCUUGGGGUGGUGGCGGUCCCGGUGGUGGAGGAGGUGGAGGCGGCGGCCAUGAUCCUUACUCAGGACCACCCCCUGCCUACGGUAGCUGGUGGAAUGGGGACAAGCCUACAAAUGGAGGACGAUCUUCUCAAGGUUGGACUCCUGGGUUCUGGACUGGUGCUCUUGGAGGUGCUGCUGCUGGAUAUGGAAUGGGGCGACGACGUUCAGGUGGUGGAUCGUCUCCGCGAGGGCCGACUGGGCGAUUCGGUGGUGUCAAUGCAGGCGAAGGCAGUUCGAGAAGUCGCUCACCACCCCAGUUCUCGAAUUCAUCCAGCAGUACUGGAUUUGGCUCAACAAAACGCAGAUAG